AGACGCGGUUCUGGUCCUGAAACCUGCACUUCAAUUGUGAACAGUGCACCAAGUUCUGGAAAAUGUCCAAGAAUGAGAAGAUAUAGCCUGCCUGCUUCUAAAACAUCGGAGAAAUUUCCUAGAAUCGUACGAAAGAUGCGCAACGGCAGCGAGGGGGAUAUUGAUAUAAGUUCCGAGAUUCCAGAAGAUCUUGGAAAAAAUAUCAGCUUCGAAUACGUCUUUCGUCUGUGGAAUACGAGGCUCCCCAAAAAGCUAGCAAAUGACUUGAAGAGAACGAUGACACAUGAAAGAAAGCUGAGGGACCUAGGAUAUGCAUUAUAG